AUGACGCCGUUCGCCUCCGACGUGGUGACGUCUGGCACGAUGAGACGCUUCAGCUUUCUCAAUCUGACCUACUGUCUGACCUUUGUCAACUGCGGCAACAUUACCGUCGAAAACCUGCACUUUGGCGGAUGCUCGACGGCCAUUCACUUUUUGUUUGGGGCAAAUAUCGUGCGAUCAGACUUUCUCGUACAAAACAACUACUUUCGCGAUCACCAGGUUCCCCCCGACGCCUACAACCCACAGUCUGGCUUCUGGAGCCGCACGAUCGACUUCUCCUCCAUGGCCGUCGCGACCGUCUACAACGCCACCAUCCAGCACAACGCCGCCAAUCGCAUCGAUGCCUUUUUCGACACCGUAAACGUCGGCCUUGUCAACCUUGUCCUCCAAGCCAACACCCUCCACCAUUGUGGCGGCAAUUGCGUCAUUGUGCGGGGCGAAAACUCACUCGUGGAUGGCAAUGUCUUUAGCUACGACCAGCCCCAACGCAUGUUCUUGCAUGGCACGACAGACAUCAUGCUUGGUCCAGUCCACGGGUCCACCGUCAUCAGCAACAAUGUGUUUGUUCGACGCGGUGAGUACGAAGGCAGCCCCGACGGCUGCGGCAUCGACUUUGAAGUUGCCUCGGUUGGUGUUCAAGUUCUAAACAACUUGUUCUAUCAACCGUUUGCCUCUGGCGUCAUGAUCUUUGGCCAUGGAACCACGGCUCAAAACUUCACACUUGGUGGUAAUGCCUUUGUUCAAGCCGGUUGUGAGGCUGUGCGCGGCGAUCGCGCCGGCGUUGUCUUUGUGUGCCCUGGCGGCGCCCAGCCAUCCGGCCAAUUACGGGACAACGUUUUUCAGACCUGCACCAAUGGGGUUCCCGCCAUCCUCGAGGGACAGCCCAACUGCAGCUCAAAAGUGCUCCGAACCAACAAUACUGUCACCGCCCAAUUCCCACUGGCUGCUACCCCGCAUCUCGAGGUAUUUGCUCCACCCAUGACAAGUACCGACCCAACCGUGCUGAUGUUGACCAAUGCCACCAGCUCGGAUCCUUUGGCAGCGAUCCGAUAUACUAUGGACGGCAGUGUGCCCUCUAGCAGUUCUCCGCUCUUCCCAAACUCGGGCCUUGAGUUGCCUUGGCCAGCCGAGGUGCUCACAAUCAACUUGCGCGCGUUCUCGGACAAUCGCCUUCCCUCGGUGGUGGGCAGUGCCAUUCUCGAGCGCUGGGCGUAUCGGCCAUGA